AUGGCAACAGAAGAAAUGGAAAUAUCAGAGACGCGUGCGCAACCCUACACCUUCGAUCUCGGCCACAUGCUCUGCAUAGACUCGAAUCCUCUCCCAACCUUCACACCCACCAACAAAGAAGAAAUCCUCAAGAAAACCGCACAAUCCUGCGCCCAGGCUCUCAUAAAUCAGCUCCUCACAACCUGUCCCAUCAAGCGAUCCGACGAAGACGGUGGUCUGCAAAUAGAUCUUCCCGCGCCGGAGACUCAACUUCCUCGAGAAAAGCCUGUACCGAAGGAGAAGGAAAAGACGAAAUGGGAGAAGUUCGCAGAGAAGAAGGGGAUCAAAGCGAAGAAGAAGGACGGAAAGUUGGUGUUUGACGAGGCGAAGGGCGAUUGGGUUCCCAAGUACGGGUACAAGGGAAAGAAGGGAGAGGGCAUGCCGGAGAGCGAUUGGCUUGUGGAGGUGGAUGAGAAGGCUGAGAGGAAGAAGGCUCGAGAGGCAGAGGAGGAGAAGAACGGGAAGAAAGCCAAGGCGAAGGGGAUGGGAGAUAUCGCGAGAAGAGAUCGAAAGCUCAAGAUGAGGAAGGCGAAGUGA